AUGGACUACCAUUGUGAAUUUGCUCACGUAUGUUGCAAUUCAAAGUCAAAUUCAAAUCCAACAUGUAUAUCAUCUCAAACGACUUGUUAUCCUAAUGUUGACGGUCCUAGCUCAUGCUGUGAUCCAGACCCACCGUUACCGUGUACUACCACUAACAUUGAAGAGCAUGUCACUAGUCCGAUUUAUACCACUAUUGUCAACACAGAUUAUACCACUGUUGAGAAUCCAAGUUAUACUACUGAUACUGACACUGAAUAUACUAUUAGCACUGAUUAUAUUACUAGCACUACUACAGAUUCUACUACUAGUACAGAUUAUAUUACUAAUAUCAGCACUGAAUAUACUACUACAAAUAUUACUCCAGAGGAGAAAAUGUUAAUGUUAAAUGAAAGCAUAUCAGCAAGAAUUGUUAGCAUGACACAGAUAUCAUACAGAGUUGAAAAUUUAUUUACUGGUGUUGUAGCAUUAGCACCAUUAGCAAUAUUAUUAUUAGCUGCAUCAGUUGCAAGACAUAGCAGUACAAAUGCCAAGACUCAAAAAAGAAGAAAAGUGUGGUUCCCAUUAAUUUCUCAUCUUAAAAAAAUGUCAAAAAAAGAAUUAAAACAAGUCAAGGACUUUACAGUUGGAAAAUAUAAUGUUGGUAAUAUUCUUUAUUCUGUUCCAGUUGAUCUUAGUGAAAUUGAAGCCAUAGAAAAAAUAUUUGGUAAAACUAUUGUCAUUGAGGAUAAAAAUUGUAUAGUUUAUGGAGAAGGUUUUAAUAAACCACCAAUCUUAAUAAAAGAGCUGUUAUGUAGACAAUCCGCACUGUAUAUUAAUAUACUACUUUCUGGAAAUAAACUUUCUAUAAAGAUAAAUUCCAAAAUUUUAUCACCUAUUCCUAAACAAGUUAUUGAUAUUCCAGUAAAUGCUUGA